AUGGUCAAGGUUGCAAUUGCGGGAGGAACGGGCGUCAUGGGCAGGACCCUGGUGGAUGUCUUGACUGCGUAUGCCUUCGGCAUCAACGGUACUUCGCUUUCCGUUUCUCAAGCGAAUCUCAUCAAGGCAGCAGAGAAGUCCUCUACGACCUCUCUUGAACGGGCCGUUGUUCAUAACGGCACGUUCCUAGAGUCACACUACAACCAUGGAACCCUUGUCAUUGAUAUCCUGCAUGCGAAAGCAGGCAUUCCGGGCACUGGGGACGAGCUCAUCACCCUGACAUAUACCUUUGAUGCUGCACGUUUUGUUAUAGCGGCUCUUGCCCUGCCUGAGUGGCCGCGUGAACUUCGUGUCGCUGGUGAGACGUUGACCUUCAAUCAACUCAUCAUCUUGGCAGAAAACGCCACAGGGAAGAAGUUCGACGUCAAGUAUGAUUCCCUGGAGACUCUCAAGCAAUCCCGGAUUACUGAGCUUCCUGGACACAUGAACGACUACAAGAAAUAUCCCAAGGAGGUACUAUUACCAUUCCUAUCCAUUUUCCAGCGGUGGAUGGCGGAGGGUUUCGCGUUCAUCCCUGUUGAGGGUUCUUUGAAUGAGAAAUUCCCCGAUAUUAAGCCAUUGACAGCUCAAGAGCUGAUGCAGAAGCAUUGGAAAUCUCUAUAA